AUGCCGCCAUAUUCGGACGAGAAACUGAAAAAUAAUCCUAAAGAAGCCCGAAAGGUUUUGAUUGACCAAUCUAAACAGCAGCAAAUUAGCUUGAUUUCGGGAUUUCGGGGUGUCACACGGCAUUUGAAGAGUGUGCUGAAUGUUGAAAUAAAUACGGAAACUAUUAGUCUUAGCGCGUUGGAGCAGGUUCGACUCCUCAUUUUACCGCAACCGAAAAAGAGUUUGGGACCCGGAGAGAUUGAAUCGAUUUGGAAUUUUGUCGAGGAAGGCGGAAGUUUGCUGGUUUUGGCGAGCGAUGAUGGCGAGAGAACGUCGUUGAACGAGUUGCUCACCAAAUUUGGCAUUACUGUCAACAGCGAUGCCGUCAUUCGAACGGUGUUCUACAAAUAUUUCGAUCCAAAAGAGGCGCUGAUCUCGAACGGUGUUGUGAAUCGAUCGAUCGCGGCAGCGGCGAAAAAAUCGGUGUCGGCCGAGCAGGCGGAAAACUCGCAAGCACUUUCGUUCGUCUUCCCGUUCGGCAGCACGUUGAGCGUCGAAAAAUCGUUGGCGACGCCUGUCAUGUCGACAGGAAGCGCCUGUUUUCCGGCGUCGCGCCCAAUUAUCGCAUUCCAUGAGACGAAGCUGAAUGAAAAUAAAACACGCGGACGCGUUUGUGUUGCCGGCUCGGUUGCGAUGUUCCAUGACACUUAUAUCGAUAAAGAGGAGAACGGAAAAAUUUUUGAUGCUCUGGUGGAUUAUCUCGUAAACGGCUUUGAAUUGAAUCCCAUCGACGCCGCCCAGCCAGAAUUGAAUGAUUAUGUGAAUAUACCGGACCAUGUUUAUAUGUCAACUCAAGUGAAGAGUUGCUUGUUCGAAGGCGAGCUCGAAUCGUCAAUUAAUAUGGAUUUCAUGAAAAAGCUCGAAAAAUCGCUUCAUUCGUUCAAUUUGAACGCCUGGCCGACGGCCUAUGCACUCUACGAGCAAUUGAAUUUGGCGCCGCCUCCAUUGACACUAGUCGAACCUCAAUUCGAGAUUCCGCUGCCGCCGCUGUCGCCGGCCGUGUUUCCGCCGAACUUUCGCGAACUUCCACCGCCGCAACUCGAGCUGUUCGAUCUUGAUGAGCACUUCAGCUCGAUCGACAACCGAUUAUCGAAAUUGACGAACAAAUGCGCCGACAACGACCUCGAGUAUUUCAUUCGCGAGGCCGGCGAAUUGUUGGGCAUCAACGGCGAGUUGACGAUGGCGAAUCGCACGCCGAAGAAGAUUCUUGAGCAGGUCAUGAGAAAGCUGAUGUUGUUCAAAACGCCGCAAAUGGAGCCGAAUGGCUAUGAGCUCGAUGCCGCCGGCAUGUACGAUGUGAAUAAUAUUGACAACGACAGUCUCCAGAAUGAGCCGAUCGAUUAUCAUCAUGAUGGCGAUGAGCAGCUAUUCAGCGACAUCGAUGAAUUUGAUGAUUUGUGA